AUGGAAAAUGGAACAGUGAUUUUACAUAUUGUUCCGUUCAUUGGUUUGGGGAUAAUUUCAGCUACAAUUAUCUCAUCAAUAAUUAUUGUUCUUUUGUUUGGAUGCCUCUGCUAUGUUCGAAUCAACAAUAUCGUUGUGACGACAGUGAAUUCAGCCAAAAUGAGAUAUCUUCAGAGACAAUUGUUCUAUGCUCUCGUCAUUCAAACUCUUGUUCCUUUCAUUUUGAUGCAUAUUCCUGCUGCAAUCAUGUUUUUAUUCGUGUUCUUGGAUAUCGAUUUGGGUGUUUAUAGUGCAGUUGUUUCAAUGACAAUUGCUAUUUAUCCGGCUGUUGAUCCCAUUCCGACAUUGGUUAUUGUAGAAAAUUACAGAAAAACUAUACUGAGUAAAUGA